AUGUUUGAUAGAAGAAAAAAGGGGAGGUAUGGAGCUUAUCAGGUGGCUAUAACUAUUCUGGAGGCUAGACAUUUAGUGCAGAAUGCAAACCCCAUGGUCGUUGUCAAGGUGGGCAAUCAGAAGAAAAAGACUGUUGUCCGGGACAGAACCGACUGUCCAUAUUUUGAUCAUUACUUCGUGUUCGACUUCACAUGUGAGUUUGAAGUUCUCCUCAGUACCAGAGUAUCAAUAUCAGUGUAUUUGAGAAACUCUCUGAGGCAACUGAAGUUUCAUGGAGGAAUUUUCUUUGAAGUAGCGACAGUCUGGGAUCAACCAGGUCAUGAAUAUUACCACAAAUGGGCGAUGCUAACAAACCCAAAGGACUCAACAGGAGAACCCAAAGGUUACGUAAAAUGCAACAUAUCUGUUAAUGCAAAGGGCGAGAGACUGCGAGCCCAUCCAGAUACUGAUGGCGACGAUGAUAUUGAGGGGAAUCUUCUCCUCCCCAUUGGAAAUUUUCUAUCGUCCAGCAGGCAAAGAGCUCGUUAUGUUCUCACGAUAUACAGAGCAGAUGGUUUGCCAAGCAGAGAAUCAACGUUUUGCAUUGGAAAUGCAAAAAAACUGGUGAAUCCAUACGUUCAAAUAUCAUUUGCCGGCAUGAAGGGUGAGACAAGCUCUUACAAGUGCACGUAUACUCCACGUUUCAACGAGAGAAUCGUAUUCCGGGAACUGUUUCCACCGCUAUCCCAUCGUGUAAGAAUUGCCGUAAAAGACAAAGUUCACGGCUGCAAUUCCACAGCACUUGCCACUCACAUGCUCAACCUUGCUAGGCUAUCAAAUUCUGGUGAAUACGGAUUUUUACCAACAUACGGCCCAUCAUUCAUCCACCUAUACGGCAACGAUGCGAGUGGAGAUGAGUGCCGUUGCCGUGGCAAGUGUCAGACUGUACGACCCAUUUAUCGAGGCAGAGUGCUUCUUUCGCUCAAGACGGAAAUUGAUGAUCCAGGGAUGUCUGGAGGUGCUGGAGUUGAUGUUGAGCCAGCUACGCCAAUUAUGGAGAAGAUUCUCUGGGCGACGGAGGAGUACCUCCUAGUGGGUAUAAUUUACGACGUAUGUAUGAUUGAUCGCUGCAGAUUUCUGAUGAAGUCAGUGAGUUUCGAGAUUAAUUUUGGAAAUGCCGGCAGUCGUGUUUUCCCCCACAACAUUUCCAACAGCGAUGGACUGGCAGACGAUGUGAUACUCGAACAGCGAGUGGAUUUUGUGAGCCACACUGAAUCAAGAUUAACGGCCACGACAGAUGGCAAGUUUAAUUACCUACCACUUGGAUCGAGUAAGCCCUGUAUGUACGUAAAAUCCUGGUGGCCAAACUUGGAAUGGAGAGUAUCAAACACCAACAGUCUCAUGUUUAUAGUCAAUUUUUUGGAGGACGAGCUUGCGAAAUUAGAGUCGCUCAUUGCUGUUGAGAACAGCACAGCGUAUGAGGCUUAUAAUGGCAUAAUUGGGUCGUUGAAACGUUACUGUAUGCAGUAUUUGCACAUAUUGGAUGCAGCGAAAUACGAUGAUGAUGGUGGCACCACGAAAUUGGACAGGCAUCGGGUUAAUCUGUGCCGGGAAUGUGUCGAGAGUAUUCUCAGGAUGAUUAGAGUCAAUGGACAGCUUGCCAACAAUAAUUACCUCAGAAUGGCUGUCAUUCAUGCUUACAAAUAUCUGCACAAACUCCGGGAAAUCUCUAAAGACCAUGCAUUUCCGGAUGUUUUCAUUUGGAUGAUUGCUGGCACGCGGCGCGUAGCAAUGGCACGUUUAUCCGCUUGUGAAAUUAUUUAUUCCGAGGAUGAGACGUCCCGUGGCUCAAAAUGCGGACAACGAAUCAAUUUGUUUAUGAAGAGUAGUGGAGACGAGGAAGAGUUGAGUGACUACAGUGCCUGCAAGAUAGAAAUAUUCCUUUGGCUCGGUAAUGCCAAGUAUUCCGCAGCCUGCUGGAGCUCAAUCCCCUCCGGGUAUGAUGUUGAAUGCAUCACGAGUGCUGAACCGUUUCCUCGAAUCUUGGAGUACAACGUUAUAUCGAAGUUCCAGCUGCGCGCACACAUUUUUCAAGGCCGUUUCGAUCCUGGAAUGGACUCCUCGGGUUUGAUGGACCCAUUAAUUCGAGUAAUAUUCCAUGGAUAUACUGCAACCACUAAGUACGUUAAGCAAAGCCUUGCGCCCGUGUGGGAUGAGACUCUAGUGCUUCCUCCUAUCGAAUUGUACGGCUCGACUGAGGACAUCAAAUAUCGCCCCCCGAAAGUAGUGAUGGAGGCGUUUGACUGGGACUUAUGUGGCUCGAAGGAGUACUGCGGCAGAUGCAUUGCCACCCCAGUUGUAAAGCUGAAGGAUGAAACAUACUCACCCCCUGAAUUCCCACCGACUCUAGCAUGGCACAAGCUGAAGACCCAGAGGGAUUUUCAAGGCAGCAUACUCGCUGCCUUUGAACUCAUCGAGACUGGAGAUGACGAGGUUGUGGAUGUACCAUUGAAUGCAUCUGAGGAGGAGAAAAUUUAUAAUUUACCUGACGAUGUGAGACCUGCGAUGAGGAGCCACAGGCUGGAGGUGAUAUUCUGGGGGGUUAGGGACUUGAGGAAGAUCAACUGUACCAAAGUUAAUAAGCCCAGGGUUGUGCUCGAGUGCGGCGGAGUUUUUGUCAGGUCUGAGGUUAUGGACAAUGUGAAGAAGUUCAGCAAUUUUGAGGAGAAUCAUUUUAUGAUUGACUUGGAUUUACCAGAGAAAGAUAUCUACUAUCCCCCAAUAACCAUCAAAGUAUUCGAUUCUCGCGGAUUUGGAUGCUUCAAAUACGCGGGCGUCUACAUAAUCCCCACCGCUCAUAUAUUCCUGAGAAAAAUGAUUCCCGAGGAGGAUUACAUUUCUCAGAUCUACGGCGAGCACAAUUCAUCAUCGAAGAGGCAGAGUCCCACAGUAGUUUUUCCCCUUCCAAUCGAUUACGAUACUGAGAAAGACGAGAAGAAAGGUUUGAUAAGUUAUAAGAGGAUUUCCAGUGAGAACAAUCACUCUGGAAUAAGGAAACUCUUGACCCUACUCAAGCCAUUUAUCCCCAAUAAUAAAAGGGAUGGCAAACACGAGAAUGUGAAUUAUGGAAAUGACGGGGACGAGAGCUACGACUGGUGGAGCAAGUAUUUCGCAUCUCUAGAGAUAUACCCCAUGGAACUAGAGCUGCAGCCGGAAUUUCACGAGUUCCAAGAUAGGCUGAUGACAUUUGAAUUAUCGCGCGGCAAAAGAACCGGAGAUCCGGAUUACGACCAGAGAAAUUACUCGGGAAAAUUCAAGGGUCAGAUAGCGAUAUAUCCCUGGCCACAUCCAGACAAACUUGUCUGCAGAACAAUGAGUGGACAUGACGCAUCGCACGGUCUCCUGGCAGACUAUCCAUCUCAAGCGCCAGUCAAGCUGCUCGUCCGCCUCUACGUCGUAAAAGCCAUCAAUCUGCAUCCCAGCGAUCCACUCACCGGCAAGUCGGAUCCAUACCUGCGAAUUAAAUUAGGAAAAAGUGAUAUUAAUGAUAAGAAGAACUACAUACCCAAUCAGCUUAAUCCAAUAUUUGGCAAAUGCUUCGAAAUUGACGCACAAUUCCCGAAAGACCACACAUUGACAAUUCAAGUGUGGGACUACGAUGCUACCAGCUCCGACGAUCUAAUUGGUGAAACGCGCAUCGAUAUCGAGAAUCGAUACUACAGUAAUCAUCGGGGCCACUGUGGUAUAUCCAGAACCUGGAGCAAAUCUGGUUACAACGCUUGGCGUGAUCGUGAAAGACCAACACAGAUACUCGAGACACUCUGUAGACGGAACAAUUUACCCUUGCCAGAAUUCACGGAUACUGUGACAAUUGGAAAACAAAAAUUUCCAUUCACAGCGGGACUGGAGAUACUGGAUGAAUCGGGGAGGAACGAGUGUAUGGCUCUCAAUGUUCUCCAUCAGUGGCAGGAUUUUCCCGUCUGUGGACUGGCUCUCGUGCCAGAGCACGUAGAGCGACGAUCGCUCUUUAAUGCCAGAAGACCAGGACUCGAACAGGGUAAAUUGGAGCUCUGGAUAGACAUGUUCCACGUCGAUGACCUUCCACCAAAGCCGCCCGUUGAUAUUACACCUCAGUCCCCCGAGGUAUACGAAUUGCGUGUGAUUGUAUGGAAUACCGAGGAUGUGCCGCUUGUGGACAAUCAAUUUUUGACCGGCGAAAAGUGCUCUGACAUUUAUGUCAAGGGGUGGAUGUUGUACGACGAUAACCAGAAAACGGAUGUUCAUUAUAAUUCUCUAAAUGGCGAGGGCAACUUCAACUGGAGAUUUGUAUUUCGCUUCACCUAUUCACGAUCGGAAAAUCUCAUGGUUGUGAGGAGAAAGCUCUCGGUACUCGCACGUGAUACGACUGAGCAAAAGCUACCCUGCAGAUUGAAUAUACAAGUCUGGGACAGCGAUCAUUUCUCCCAGGAUGACUUUUUAGGCUCUCUAACAUUGGACUUAUCGCGAAUGCCACGUGGGAGCAAUAGCUCGAAAAACUGUAGUCUAAAGGUCACCGAUACAAAAUCACCAACGGUCAAUCUAUUUAAAGUUAUGAGAACGAGGGCCUGGUGGCCGUUCAGCUGUGCCACGUCUGACGGUGAUUACAUUCAAGCGGGUAAAGUGGAAAUGGAAAUGACGAUAGUUCCAGCAGCGGAAGCUGACAAGGAGCCCGUGGGAAAGGGGAGGGAGCCACCAGAUCCACUUCCGCCACCCGACCGACCCGACACUUCAUUCUCUUGGUUUCGUAAUCCCUGGAAAGCUUGUUGCUUCGUUGUCUGCCGGCAUUACAGAUGGCGCAUCAUCCUCUGCUCCUCCAUGUUUCUCAUUGUCAUGCUAUUGGUUUGCGCAAUUUAUGCAUUCCCCGGUUAUCUGGUCAAGAAGUUACUAGCUGUGUAA